UCUAAAUAUGGAAUCCUUCUUUUUCCCCCAGAUGGCCCAGAUAUUGCCACAAUUGACCAUAUAAGCGAUCAGUUCGCAACGGGGAUAAAUGUUACCUUGAGCUGUGUUGCUGAUUCUAACCCACCAGCACAAUUCACUUGGUUACAGAAUGGAAAAUCUGUCAACAACUCAGCCUCAUUUUCUAUUAUUACAUCCCUGAAUCAUAUCGGAAACUAUACCUGUAUUGCAACUAACUCAUUUACUGGCUUGACGCGCACUGCAAACAAGACUCUUAUGAUCUAUGCGCCACUGUCCAAACCUACCAUUCUCACCUCCAACAAUACUGCAGUGGAGACCAAAGACUUCUCAUUGACCUGCAAUGCUACAGGUCAAAUUCACGCUUACAAGUGGUUCAUAAACGGAGUUGCCCCAGCUGGUCUCAGGAUACAGCUGUCGCCAGAUAGGAGGACACUCACUCUCCGCAGUCUCACAAGAAGCGAUAACAAAGGGCCCUAUGUGUGUGAAAUCGAGAACCCAUUUUAUCGCAAUAGGAGUGAUCCAUUCACACUGGAUGUUGCCUAUGGCCCAGAUAUCACCACAAUUGUACAUUCCCCUGAUGAGUACCCUCCUGGGGCAAAUAUUACCUUGAGCUGUGUUGCUGAUUCUAACCCUGCAGCACAAUUCACUUGGUUACACAAUGGACAACCAGUCAGCAACUCAGCCACAUUUUCUAUUAUUGCAUCCCUGAGUGAUGCUGGCACUUAUACCUGUACUGCAUCUAACUCAUUCACUGGUUUGACGCGUACUGCAACCAAGAAUAUUAUAAUCUAUGGUGAGUAUCUGGAUUGGGCCCCCAACUUUGUGUGGCGCUCUCUCUUUCCCUGGCAUGACAGAAAUAGACAAAAGUGACUCUCUCCCACCCCC